CUCAUCCUCGCUGCGUCAGUUAAGGCGUGUUCACGGAUCCUGGUUCUUACUGACAUUGCUGGAAGUCACGCAAAGGCUCGGACACAGGACGCGUUUGUAAACCUCUCCAGCCGCACGAAGAUGUUCUUUCUCAAAAAGGUUGUCGGUGGCAUCGUUGACGUUGUCAGCAACAUUGACCCCGAGCAGUUUGCGCCCUCAAAUCCUCCACCUCCGCGCCGGCCAGCCGUGUACGCAGAGCAGCAUGAAAACGAUGAGGAGAAACAGUUCCGCAGAGUCUUCCAGCAGCUCGCUGGAGACGACAUGGAGGUGAGCCCAAAUGAGCUGAUGAACAUCCUGAACCGGAUCAUCUCAAAGCAUGGAGACCUGAAGACGGAUGGCUUCAGCAUCGAAUCCUGCAGGAGCAUGGUGGCUGUCAUGGACUCGGACAGCACCGGGAAACUUGGCUUCCAUGAAUUCAAACACCUGUGGAACAACAUAAAGAAAUGGCAGGGCGUGUACAAGCAGUAUGACGCAGACCACUCGGGUGUCAUCGGUGCAGAUGAGCUGCCGAACGCGUUCAGAGCUGCAGGGUUCCCCCUCAACGACCAGCUGUUCCAGAUGAUCAUCCGCAGGUAUAGCGACGAAAGCGGCAACAUGGACUUUGACAACUACAUCGGCUGCCUCGUGAGGCUGGAUGCGAUGUGUCGGGCCUUCCAAACCCUGGACAAAGACAAAAACGGGACUAUCAAAGUGAACGUUCAAGAGUGGCUUCAGUUGACCAUGUACUCCUGAGUCCUGGUGAUGCCGCCCUCUUCCUCCCCGACUGGUUUUUCCUGAAAUGACUCCACUCUUUAUCUAAGCAAUCCAAAAAUAUUUUAUCUACACGUUCCCACAGCUUCCUGUGUUCCUCAGACGUUAGGAGCGCAUGCAUGCAGCUUUUUCUCUGAGUAACGCAUGUAGGUCAAACCUGCGAGCAGAAAGGUCUCCAUACCUAAAAUGAAUUGUUCUGAGACGGUCAGACGUGUGGUAGAAGGUUGGCAGUCAUGCUAUGAAAAAUGUACAUUUUGCAAGAUAACUGUGCACUUUUUAUUUUUUCCUUGCAAUCAAAUUUCCUUUUUUAUAUCCAUAAAAGCUUUUUAUCACGUCUCUGGUGCUGUUGGUGAAAAUAAGUGAGCAAAGUGAAGUGACUGCUUGGUUCAGCUUUGCCUGCUUAUUUCUACAAGUUUCACCUGUUUGGAUUUUUCUUUGAGCUCUCUGGGCGUGUUUCAGCCUGAGUGACAACCCCGUGUCUGCUGCUGCCACUACUGCUUCGCUUUUGUUUUUUUUGUUGGACCUGCUGGGUGUGGGAGGUUGAAUGAAUACUGCAACCUUGACCUGACAAAUUCCUGAAAAUGCUCUAUUGAACCUCACCCUCGCCACCAUAGCUAACAACAUCCACUACUAAGUCGGUGUGUACAGCAUGCAGGUCUCUAAGAACACUGGUGUAGUCAGAUUUUUUCGACUUUGCAUUUGCGAAACCGGCUUUAAGUGUAGUAACCACCAGUUUGUAGUUAGACAACAGUGAGGUGAUGAAAUUAAACUCUUUUAAUCUAUGCCAAACUUACUUUAAUACCCCUCAACCCAUUGACUGUUUUUUAGUCCAACAGUUCAACUUUUUAUUGUAAAUAUCUGCUGCAACUGUCCUCUUAUGUCACUAAGGAAUGAGACAAUCUGUGAAAAAAAAAAAUCAAGCUCCUCUAUCUGCUCCCAGUACAAUCUAAAAACCAAUCAGAGCCAGGAGGAGAGUCUUAGCGCCAUCUAUCACCGCUCUCAUUAUGCUGCAAACUAGCGCAUGCUGUUCUUAAAGCUUAUGUCAACUAGCAUGGCCACCAAUCUUUCUCAUAAUGCACGGUCACGCCAUGGUGACAGUUUUAACAUUUUUCAUAAUUUACAUACAGAACCUAAAAGAAAUUGGUGAAAGCUAACACAUUCUUAAUGUGACAUUCUAAUUGUUUUGCACAGCCCCUGUCAAGAUGACCUCAAACUUUCCUCUAAAGUGAGAUAAUCUAGUAUCGCAUGCCUUGGUACGCAGGAGUUUAAAUGUCAGUUCGGUUGAAACGGCUCAUUAACGGCAUACUUCCUUUCUGCUUCCUCUCACUUUACACAUUACUACAACUGUAGUCAAAUGUGCACCAGGUUUUGUCAGCACAAGGAAUUAUGCGAGUCAAUUAUGUGCCUCUAAUGCAUGCUAAAAGGUUGUUGCCAUGUGGUUAGAAUCCCACUCAUUUAACUGUUACUGAAUGUGCUGAUGUCAAAUAAAUGCCUGUGCCAUGUUUGGAAUAAAA